AUGGGUCGCAAUGGACCGUCGCCCUCGGCCAAGCUUAAGUCUUCCAGACGGCCACCAACGCAAGGUGGGGACGACCAUGCGGGCACGACAUCAGCACCGGCCAAGGCGACUCCUGCCAACCAGGGUGAACAACAGGCCGACAAUGGCUGGGGCACAGCCUGGACUUGGGAGACGCGUGCUGCGAACUGGAAUAACGACUGGAGGGCUGCACAUGCAACGAAUGCUGGCUGGUGGACAGGACAGUGGAAUGCACAGUGGGAUCAAAGGCAGUGGACCAGCCGUGUGCCACCGCCCCCACCUCCACCUCCAGUGAAAAGACGUAAUGUCACCUCUGCUGAACACACUGCAAGCCAGCAAGAAGGCACUGAGGCAUUGACUGCUAGGGCAGGAUCCAGUCAGGAUCACGCCAUGCCUUCCCAGCAAUCUUCCUCGACUAGUUCCGCGGCCCCUGUAUGCACUCUUCCAACGGUCAAGGAAGAGCAGCGCAACUCCCCUGAAGAGGAGCCGGACGAGCUAGCUGCUGAUGAGAGCGUCAAGGCGGACACCGCCCGCUCUCUGCAUGCAGGAGCUGAAGAGCACAGAUCUGGAGUGGCACUGCCGCCUGAUUAUACGGUCCUGACCAAGACGGACCCGGAUGAGGCAUCACCUGGUACCGCCUGUGCUUCGUCAUCCCAGCUGCUCAUCCUGCCAUCACAGGCCACGAUGAACGCGCCUCCCAGCUCCACCUUUACAGAAGACUUCACCGCAGAGACGGCCCCCUCCCCUACACAAUCCCAGCUACAGGGCCUGCCGCUGCAGCAUCUGCCUCGUCAGGUCAAGGACGAGUCCCUCGAGUCUGAAACACAAUCAUCUUUUUCUGAGGCACCACCUUGCAUGGCAGAGAUUGCAGAUCCAACGCAGAUGGCUUCAUACCCGCAGACGACACUACCAGCGCCACAGACUGGCACCAGCUCUGACACCUCUGCUGAUGAGCUUUUGGAGGAGAACAAGCUGACGUCGCCCAUACGGCAAAGCAGCAGCGAGGUGGAAGGGGCGGACCCUCGAUUGUGCCCCGUCGUUGAAACGACGCGGACCUCAGAUCUCUCGCCUACCUUUCCGGCCGAAACUGACGAGACUUCCCAAGAUGGUGUGAUCUGCCAACCAUCGCCUCCAGAGGAGCCACAGACAGGCAAGUCUACCAACAAGAUCCGGGACUGGCAAACUGAUGGCCCCGUUGGUGACUCGUCCUCGCCGUCUUCAGAUGUCACCAUUCCCGCGGCACCUGAGGAGGCGACCUUGCCAAAUGAAGAGGUCCACCUGGCAUUGACUACACGCACCACGAACAAGAUGCCGAGAUUGCACCCACCGGCCGCCGGUCAGAAAACCGGCUUGCACUGCUGCUGCCUGCAUAGCCUCAUGCCCUGGCUCAGUGUCCCCCUUAACACAGCAUCGUUCGUGCAGGGUGAGCAUGUACCUCACAUGACCCUCACCGUUCAUUGGCUGGGACAGGACACAUCCUCGAGCACCCGCUGGAACAAGCCCGAACCGUCCUCAGUUAGUGCAGCUUACCUUCCAUGGGGCAAAAUGAUGCGAAGUCACGCCUGGGCGCGCUGGAAGCUUCUAUUAAAGGCAAGACGCGUCACCCAGCGAUCUCUCGCUGAAGCUGCAGAACCGCUGGAACCUGAGACUACAUAUGCUAUGUGUGUAGCCAGUCGCUUCGGAGUCGCCACAUACCUCGGUCGCACCUUCACUGCUAAGCAACUAGGAGCACUUUAUCAAGCUGAGCUCAAGCACUGGCUGCAUAUCCAGGAUGAAUGCACUCGGCCGGAUCUAGUCAUCAUUACGGAAACGCACUGGCCAACCACGAUGGAGUAUCAGGCCACUGACUGGCAAGCUGCGCAUACAGGAGAGGGACAUUCCCAAGGGGGCAUCCUAGUGCUUGUCCACAGCUCAGUGUGA